AUGCCGCACUCUUACGGUAUCCGUGCCCGUACGCGGUACAUGUUUUCCCGCAGGUUCCGUGAAAAAGGGCAAAUUAGACUUUCGACCUUUCUAAAGACAUACAAAAUAGGAGAUAUCGUUGAUAUCAAAGCUAAUGGUGCCGUACAAAAAGGCAUGCCGCAUAAAUUCUAUCAUGGUCGCACUGGGAUCAUUUACAAUGUGACCAAAUCUGCUGUCGGUAUCAUCAUCAAUAAACGAGUUGGUAAUCGAUACCUCGAGAAAAGAAUUAAUGUUCGUAUCGAGCAUAUUAAGCAUUCAAAGUGUCGAGAUGAUUUCUUGCGCCGUGUUAAAGAGAAUGCACGACUUAAGCAUGAGGCUAGAUCGAAAGGCGAAAAAGUAAAUCUUAAACGACAACCAGUGUUGCCUCGACCGUCGCAUUUCGUGUCCACACAGAAAAAUACACCGCAAACUAUUAUGCCGAUUGCAUACGACACACUCGUAUAA